UCUAUAUCUUUAAUAAUGAAAUUAUGUUGUGUUCUCGAAGUUUUGCUCAGUAUAAGAAACAGUUAAUGUGUUUCAACAAUGUUGCUCUAGUUUUAAAAGAUUAGGAUUCCAAAUUGUCGUGCUUUUGGAUUCCGUCGUAAGAACGCCAAUGAUCCUGAMCGAACGUCUCCUCGAAUAAUAUUGACGCUGAGACGCUGAGUACUAUCGAGAAUUUCGAUAGUCGACAUAUCAGGUCGAUUGUGCUUAUGGCAUUUGUGAAUAGUUUCCGACAAGCCGUCUUGUGUUUGCAUGUUUCUUCAUGUUAUGUCAGGCUCGUUGUGUUUGAACGGUCAAUGGUCGUUUGCUAGUGUCCAGUUACCAGUAGUGACUAUAUAGCCACCGUGUUUUGUGGUACUACGUCACUAAUUUGGACUGUGUUUUACUGUUUUGGCGUCCAGUGUAACUGUAUUCAUUAUACACAGUUUUUACAACGGUUUUUGUUGGCGGUUUUUUCACGAUAUGGUAAACACUCUAAAAAGACAAGUGGACGAUAUGAAUACUAUUAAUGAUUUAAAUGAUGACCAAGAUGCCACAUGGGGAGGCAAAAGGACCCGAUACAUAUACAAUUAURCUUUGCAAUGUUCUGAUAUAAUUUCAAACACAGAUGAUUCAGAUGUCACAGAAAGUGUGUAUAGCGUUCAAUCAAAAUAGUAUAGAAUGGAAUUUUUUGGGAGUAAACCUCGGUCCAAGAAAAAAAACGUUAAACGUUUAAAUGUGUCCAAGCCAAAAAAAGAAAGCAACUUACUUGAAGUUUUUCAGAAAUCCAGUCAAUCAAAUUCUCAACAGGGUGUUUCAUGUCUGACAAAAAAUAUUGAAAAUAGUGCCACUUUAAUGAAUGAAAAUACUAAUAACAUAUGUAACAUAUGUUACUUAAUGCCUAAAAAUGGUGUAUUUAACCAUGGCAAAAUUGGCCAUAUUUAUUGUUGCUACUCGUGUGCUAAAAAAUUAUGGAGAAAAUCUAAUACAUGUCCCUUAUGCAAUGUUAAAAUUAAAUUUGUGACAAAAAUGAUUGUUGUCUAGUAAUUAUAAUUGUAUUUUAUUUCAAUUUUUUUAGUACAUUUUUAGCUUUUUUAGCAUUAUAUUAUUAUUGUAUA